AUGCCACAAACUCCCGCAGCUCAGCGCCUCCUUGGUCCGCUGCAGCAGCAGCAGCAACAGCAGCAACAGCAGCAGCAGCAGCAGCAGAGACAACAACGACGGCAGAAGGGAUGCAGCAGAUGGGAUAGGGCGGAAGCAGCAGCGCCAGCACCAGCAGCAGCAGCAGCAGCAGCGGGAGUAGCAGCGAAACCGGCAGCACGUACACCCAGCCAGGCAGCGCAGAAGAUGCUGCUGCAGUUUCAGCAGCAGCAGCAGCAGCAGCAGCAGAAGCUGCUGCUGCUGUGCACUGUACAGAAAGCAGAAGAGGAGCCCGUAAGGAGGCAAAGAGAAGAGACGAGCGCAGCAGGUGCAGCAGACGCAGCAGCAGCAACCGAAGCAGCAAUAAAGAAGCAGCAGCAGCAGCAGCAGCAGCAGCAGCAGCAGCAGCAGCAGCAGCAGCAGCAGCAGCAGCAGCAGAAUGUAUUACAUGCAUGCCAGCGAGGUAUUUGUUAA